AUGGAAGAUAUUAGUGAAAACGAUGUUGAUAAUGUUGUUCUUGAUAAUGCAAUGGAAGAUUUAUGGAAUGAAGGAGCAAGUGAAGAAGAUGAAUUAGAGAAGAAGAAUGAAUAUGUUGAGUGUGAGACAUCUGAAUUGAUACACAAAGAAGUUGCCAACGAUGAAGAAGCUUACAAAUUGUACAAUGAGUAUGCAUUUAAAUGCGGAUUUGGUAUCCGGAAGGGCAAAGUUUGUUGGAGAUAUGAAACAAAGACAAUCAGACAACGUUUUUUAGUUUGUAGUCGGGAAGGAUUGAAAGACACAAAAGGUGGUGUGCCUAAGGCAUUCACUAAGCUUGAUCAACGUUGUGGAUGUAAAGCCUUUAUUCAAUUUGAUGUAUCCAAAGACUUUGGAAUUUUUAUUGUUACUAAGCACCAUAUGAUUCACAAUCACCCCAUGGUGCCAUUGAAUCAAAGACAUUUAAUAAGAUCUCAUAGGAAAGUGACAGUUGAACAAUUGCAUAUGAUUAAUAAUUUGAGAAGUUGUGGAGUGGGGGUCGCUGAAGCUGUGCGUGUAUUGAGGAAGGAAGCGGGGGGAUCUCCAAAUCUUGGGUUUGUGAACAGAGAUGCUUAUGAUGCAGUUGCUACUCAAAGAAAGAAAGAACUUGAUGUAUGGCAUGAUGUAAUUAUGGUUACGAAGUACAAGUGCGCUGCAUGUCCUUGGUUGAUUAGGUUGUACAAGUUAAGGAAGAUGUGGUGUCCAGUGUACUCCAAGGAUUACUUCUCAGGGGGGGUGCUGUCUUCUCAAAGAAGUGAGACUACAAACCAUUCCUUGAAUCAAAGGCUUCAUAGCAUGCAAGGCCUUUGUGAUUUCUACAAGGUUUUUAUAGAUGUUGUUGAGGAAUGGAGGGACAGGGAGAAUGGUGAAGAUUACAAUGCACUUAAUGGCAACAAACAUCUAGCAUUUGUAGAUGUUAAGUUACUAAAUGAGGCGAAGAAGAUAUAUACUGUGGCUGUGUAUUUGACGUUUGAGGAGAAUUUCAUAAGAGGUGCGUCAUUUUGCCAGAAACUAGUCAAGUAUGACCCCCCUUUAUUUGAAUACCAUGUGGGACGCACUGAGAAAGAAUAUCUAAUGCAUCUUGUUAGAUAUGACCAAGAAAAUAUGACAAUUGAUUGCACAUGCAAGUAUUUCACUGAGAUGGGUUUAUUGUGUUCCCAUUCAUUGAGGAUUUUUCACAUACAUGAUGUUGAAAAAAUUCCCCAAAGAUACAUUUUGGGUAGAUGGGCAAAACAUGCUAUGUGUACAAGAGUUGAUGAUGACGCUGGGAAGGAUGUAAACAUUGUUCAAGCGUCGGUGUGGCGUGUUAAAACUACAAGGGAUGCUUUAUCCAUAAUAAAUUCAACUCAACAUGACAUAGCUGCUAGGAAAGUUGUGGAGAAUGCUUUAAGUGAUUUGAAGGCAAAGGUUGGAUCCACCUAA